CUUCCCACUGGCUAGGUCAUUGUGGGUGAAAUCCACCUCUGUGUAGAGGGACAGCACAACGUCCAUGCACCACAACCUCAACUUGUGUGACUACGGGAACUCAACCAUAUUAAGGUGGGCACAAAUGUAGAACCAUGACUCCCUUUUUAGACACAGGGCCCAAUCCUGUGAGGUGUGGUUUGCCCUCCCCUCCCAUUGAUUUCAGGGAGAAUUAAGCUUGCUCAGCACAUCUUGCAGGUUUGAGCUCUCACAUGGAAGAAGCAGUCUUCCCCUCGAAUGGGGCACUCGGCCACAGAAUCACAAAUACCCAGUUGUUUCACAAACAGUGAACACGAGCUGGGAGAGCUAGGAGGGAAGGUUAUAUGUUAAAGAUGGCUUCCCCUUAUGGAAAGUUCAGGAAUUGCCCGUGUAAUUAAACUUUAUUUUUGACUCGCAAUCUGAGACCUACUCACUAAUUACCUAUAUUGCAAGGAUUUCUCUGGUAUGUUACCAGGGAAAGGAAGUCAAAUGUCUGAUAGACAACACUUCCUCAUUUUGGAUGUGUCUGUCAUCCUGCUAAGACGUACCGAUGAGGCUGCUCGUAGACACAGUUUCUCCUCUGUACGUUCACACCCUCCUCUGCUCUGGUCAUGGCUGGAGAUACAGUUUAUGCUGAUUUAAACACUGCUGGAGCCUCUUCAAGACCACCACAUCCAUCUCAGCACCGCAGUCUCCCUCAGUGCCCACAUUGGCAUCGGAUCGCUCUCGGAGUUGGAUGGGCUGGGAAUGUCAUCCUGGCGGGAGCUGUGAUUGUGCUGGGCGUCUGGGUAAUCAAAGGAUCCCGCCUGGAGGAUUUCCGAUCUCAACUGAAACAAAUGCUUUGUGUUUCAUCACACAGCAACUCAACAGAGGGUGCCGAGUGCAAAUUCUGCCCCAGGGAUUGGUUGUUGCAUAGAAGGAAGUGCUAUUGGGUCUCUAAAGAAUUUAAAAACUGGAAGAAGAGCUUUGAAGACUGCACAGUGAAGACGUCUCAAAUGCUCGUGAUCCAGGACCAGGACGAGAUGGAUUUCAUACGGGAUGUUACAAGUGGUGUAAAUCCUGUUUGGAUUGGACUUAAUGUUGCAUCCCCUGAGAGGAGCUGGAUGUGGGUGGACGGCUCCCUAGUCAAUCAAACACUGUUCCCAAUAAAUGGCCUUGCUGAACAGAACAGUUGUGGGGUGAUGAAGAAGGGACAGAUUCGUUCUGAUAUCUGUGGUGCUGAAUUCAAAUGGGUUUGCCAGAAAGAAGCCUUUCAGAUAUAAACAGGGUCUUUAAGUAUGUGUAUUGAUGGAACUGAAGUCGAAAGCAUCCGCCGUGAUAAUUUGUAACGUGAUUAUUUUAAAUGGUUCUGUGUUUAAUCAUUUUAAUUCUCAGGGUCUGUAACUUUACAAAUCGGUUUUCAAAACAGGGUCUAUUCCUCUAUUUCUUGGUUUUAAGAGAAGCUGUUACGAAACCCUGAAAAGCCAGCAAUUUUCUGCUUAUCUUGAUCUUAAUCAUAUUUUCAGGUGUGAACAACUGUUUCAAAACUGAUAGCAGAGGCAGGUUGGGACACCCAAGUGCUGUUUUGGUUCGUUUGACAAACGUAAGUGUUUGAGAACUCUUGCACAUGGGCCAAAUUUUUAGAACUAGCCUCUAAAUCUGUGUGCCCAAAGUCUACUAUUUCGUUCCUCAGGUCUCGUAGUUGCGUGUCCCGCUGACCACUUUGGUGAACAAAUGCCGUUUAUUUACCCAAAUCUGAGAUUCUGUGCUACCGAAAAGAAAUUGGGUGGGCAAGUUUAGAGGCAAUAUUCUCUGAAAAUUUGGUCCCAAGGCUUUGAGGUACGAUGGAAUCCAUACAGAGUGAGAUUUUCAAAGGCAGGUAGGGCAGUUAGGCACCCAAUUCUGAUUGAAAGUCAGUGUGCUUCGAAAAUCUCUAAGACCACAGUGUUCCUCUGGAUAUUAUGGGCAAAGUUUGCAACUUAGCCUUUAAGAUGCUCUGGAAGGGGUGGGGUGGGAAUCCAUCCCCACCUUUUUCUUUAAUUUGCUUCUCCGUGAUGAAGGCCCAAAAGGUGGGUGUGUUUGAUUUUUUUAAAACUGUUUAUUUAGGAAGCUUUAACAAGCUUACAAAUCCUUGCCAUGUAACUAUCAGAAACAAAGCAAUCAUUACGACAGUUAGCUUUUGUUUACAGGGACUUUACAGAGGAAUAUAGUCAUCAGAUCUUUCUAUUUAACAGGGUGAUACCAUAUAUCUUUACACCGAUUGUAUUUCUAGUGAUUUUAUUAAAUUGAGUUACUACAGAGAAUUCUUUCCUGGGUAUCUGGCUGGUGAAUCUUGCCCACAUGCUCAGGGUUUAGCUGAUCGCCAUAUUUGCGAUCGGGAAGGAAUUUUCCUCCAGGGCAGAUUGGAAGAGGCCCUGGGGGUUUUUCGCUUUCCUCUGUAGCGUGGGGCACGGGUCACUUGCUGGAGGAUUCUCUGCACCUUGAAGUCUUUAAACCAUGAUUUGAGGACUUCAAUAGCUCAGACAUAGGUGAGAGGUUUAUUGCAGGAGUGGGUGGGUGAGAUUCGGUGGCCUCCAUUGUGCAGGAGGUCAGACUAGAUGAUCAUAAUGGUCCCUUCUGACCUUUAAUAUCUAUGAAAGCUCUGUAUAUGUGAGACAUAUUUAACAAACCUGUCAUGUCUGCCAAAUGUUAGUAUUCAAAAAGAAGUUGGGCAUAUGUGCUGGCUUUUUUGUGGGUGAAUGUAUUUUUCUGAGUACUGAAUAAAAGGUAACCACAUA